CCCGGCCGGUUCCGCCACUCACCUGGCGGCCGCCCAGCCAGCCGAGACGGACCGAGCCGAGGAGCCGACAGGGGCCGACAGGGGUCGAAGGGACGAGCGCGGCCUCCCGUGGGGGCCCGGUGGCCAGGUGGUGGGAGAAUCUUGGAAAGUUUGGAUCUGGGCUUCCCCUAAAAAGGAAAUGACCUCCAUUUCAGGGAGGAGAAUGCACCGUAGCAUUCCCGUCGAAGUAGACGAAUCAGAUCCGUUCCCGUCGCGACUGAUGAAUGAAUUCCCGGAAUGUUCCUCGGAAGAGGAACCGGAGCCGCCCGGGGCCGACGUGGAAGAUGGCGUCCCCGGCCCCCCGGCGGUUCCCCUCUGUCCCCAGGCGGAGUCACUAGCCUGGAAGCUCCCCGAGCUCGCCCAUCCUCCCUGGCCUGAGGACCUCCAAGGGCGACACCUACGCAAUAAAGUCCUGGAGGAGUGUGAACGGAGUUUCUGGAGGCGGCUCCGGGACCCCGGGAACGAUUUUGCCUCCGACUGGUCAGCUGCAAGCGAAGCGGAGGCUGGAGAGGUCCCCCGGGAGCAUCGGUUUUCGCUUCGGGAGAGCCGCAGUCGGCCGCCGGGCCCCGAGCUCUCGGCGGCGGCGCCGGACACCGGCCGCGACUCCGUCAGAUCUGACCGGAGCUCAUCGGACGGUUCGGCGGACUCCUCGGGCCGGGGUCGAGACGACGGGCCCCACCCUCAGCCCGCGGGAAUCCGGACGCCGCCGGACCUGCCCACUCUAGACACGGGCUACGAUUCCCAGCCCCACGACGCGUUGGGCAUCAAGCACCUGGAACGGCCCCUGCCUCUUGUCUCAGUGGGUUACCCCCAGGACCUUCCUAGACCUCUUCGGUCCAGGGACUACCUCGAGGCGGAACCGCAGCGGUAUCCCGCGUAUCCCCAGUUACCGCCCCCUAACCCUUCUCCCCAGGCUCAGUGGAACUGGAGGUUCCAAUACCCCGGGGGUCCGGAUCACCGUCCCCGAUAUGUUCAAGAAUACCCUCGGGCUCCCUACCAGCAGAUGGCCCAGCCGUCUCAGCCGAUGCCGCCCCUUCCUGGACACGGCAUAAGAGGCAACCAGCCGGCCCAGAAGGUCAUCCCAAACUACUCCAGCCCUCAAGCCGAAGAAGAGGGAGUUGUGCGGAGAGACUGCCCGGCCCCCACGAACCCGAGAUACUUGGGUCAUCUGCCCAUCCAGGGGCCCGGUAGAGCAAGGCCCGCCCACGAGGAGGACCCUGCCGAUCCGAGCCCGCCGGUCAGCCGGGGCCCGGCGCCGGACACAACCCCCGGGCCCCUCAGUAAUCCUACCGUCAGGGGAACUCUGAAAACCAGCAAUUUGCCCGAAGAAUUGCGAAAAGUCUUUAUAACCUAUUCGGUGGACGCGGCUGUGGAGGUCAUGAAAUUCGUGAACUUCUUGUUUGUAAAUGGAUUUCAAACUGCUAUUGACAUAUUUGAGGAUACGGUGCGUGGCAUCGACAUCAUCAAGUGGAUGGAGCGCUAUCUAAGUGAUAAGAAAGUGAUGAUAAUCAUCGCAAUCAGCCCCAAAUACAAACAGGAUGUCGAAGGGGCCGAGUCCCAGCUGGAUCCGGACGAGCACGGCCUGCAUACUAAGUACAUCCAUCGCAUGAUGCAGAUUGAAUUCAUUAAACAAGGAAGCAUGAAUUUUAGAUUUAUCCCGGUGCUCUUCCCCACUGCUAAGAAGGAGCACGUGCCCAUCUGGCUUCAGAACACCCAUGUCUACAGCUGGCCGAGAAAUAAAAAGAACAUCCUGCUGCGGUUGUUGAGGGAAGAGGAGUACGUGGCCCCCCCGAGAGGGCCGCUGCCAACCCUACAGGUGGUGCCCUUGUGACUCCCCACGGGCCCCGGAUCCCGGACCGAUCGGACCCGCUCUCUCUCCUCCUGGGCGAGAUUGGGCGACGAGGGCGAGUUGGCAUUUGGACCGCUCCAGUCUCCAUGAAAGGGGUCAACUGCAGUCCCAAAAAACCCCGACAGACUUCCGUCGGACGCUCCCCACCCUCUUUCUUUAAAGGCGAGAAUGACGGCACUUCUCUCUUCCAGGUUUAAAACUGACCGCAGAGGGAAGGUCCAAGGCUUUAAUGACGGUGUGGUCUCUGUUUAGCGCUUCCGUGGGUCGGUUAGCCGGGAGGUUUCUGUAAAUUCUGCGGCUCGGACUCACCCCUGUCUGCUCACGCCUGUUUGCCGACCAGAUGGUCUUGCUUGCCGACGGGUCCGCACACUAAACCGGCUCAUGUACACAAAAUAAAAAUGUGUUUACUUUUUAUGCA